GUUUUUUUCUAUGAUCUGGUUUACAUUGAAGUACAGACAAUCUCCCAAAGUGGCGUUAAAGAGAGAGAUGAACUUCUUUAUCAGUUUUUUGCUGUACUUUCUUCUGCCCUUUGCCGUAAUUCAAUCCCUUGAUUAUAUUUUAAGAAGAAGCAAAAGAAAAUCAGGCAAGCUUCCACCAGGUCCAUCGCGUUUGCCAAUUGUAGGGAACCUCUGGGAUCUUGGUGAUAAACCCCACAAGUCCUUGGCUAAGCUUGCCAAGACUCAUGGCCAAUUGAUGAGUCUAAAACUUGGGCAAGUAACCACUAUUGUAGUAUCUUCAGCAGCAAUGGCCAAAGAAGUCCUCCAAAAGCACGACCUCACCUUCUGUAAUCGGACCAUUGUCGAUGCAGUUCGUGCUUUAGAUCAUCACGAAAGUGGUAUAGCUUGGUUGCCGGUUGCAACGCGCUGGAGAAACCUUCGCAGGAUAUGCAACUCCCAUAUUUUUACCGCGCAGAAGCUCGAUGCGAACCAGGACCUUAGGCGUAAGAAAGUUCAAGAUAUCCUAGCGGAGGUUCAAGAACGUUGCCUUGUAGGUGAGGCAGUGGACCUUCGCCACGCUGCUUUCACAGCUACACUUAAUGCAUUGUCCAAUACUGUUUUGUCACUGAAUUUGACCGAUUUGAGCUCAGAUAUUGCAAGGGAGUUUAAGGAGCGUAUAAGCUGUAUCAUGGAUGAGGCAGGAAAACCGACCUUGGUGGAUUAUUUUCCUUUACUCCGGAGGAUUGAUCCACAAGGUAUAAGGCGUCGCAUGGCAAUUCAUUUUGGAAAGGUACUUGAUCUCUUCGAUCGUUUAAUCAUUGAAAGGCUGCAGUUAAGAAAAGAGAAGGGCUAUAUCCCAUUGGAUGACAUGUUAGAUACUCUUCUCACAAUCAGUGAAGUGAACAAUGAAGAGAUAGAUGCAACUCGUAUAAAGCACUUCUUUUUGGAUCUCUUCGGCGCUGGGACUGAUACGACUUCAAGCACACUAGAAUGGGCAAUGGCAGAACUCCUCCACAGUCCCAAGACUUUAUUGAAAGCUCGAGCAGAGCUGGAGAGGACGAUUGGCGAGGGAAACCUGCUUGAGGAAUCAGAUAUCACUCGGUUACCUUACUUGCAAGCAGUUAUUAAGGAAACCUUAAGGCUGCACCCAGCAGUUCCUUUCUUACUCCCUCACAGAGCAGGAGCAGAUGCAGAAAUAGGUGGCUUCACGGUCCCAAAAAAUGCACAGGUACUGGUCAACGUCUGGGCCAUAGGGAGAGACCCAAGCAUGUGGGAAGAUCCAAACUCAUUUGUUCCAGAGAGAUUUUUGGAUUCUGGUAUUGAUCACCGAGGCCAGAAUUUUGAGUUUAUUCCAUUCGGUAGCGGAAGGCGAAUGUGCCCUGGAUUACCAUUGGCUAUGAGAAUGCUACAUUUGAUGUUGGGUUCGCUUAUUCUAUCGUUUGACUGGAAGCUUGCAGAUGGGGUCACGCCAGAGAACUUAAACAUGGAUGAUAAGUUCGGCCUCACCUUGCUGAAGGCUCAACCACUGCGAGCCAUUCCAAUAAGAGUGUGAUAUAAUCUUUGAAG